UCCAACAUUUUCAUUGCAAUGGCUAAUUAUUUCUUUCGUACUUCUUAUGAUCUUCUCAACCACUGUGAUCUGUACUGCAACGACGUCGAUGCUUUUUGAUAUUCCCAGACUGAAUCCACUUGGAGGAAUUCCACAAGAUUCUAAUAUUGCAGAAACAGUUUCGGAUGAUUUCCAAACAUUUUACUAUGAUCAAACGCUUGAUCACUUCAACUAUUGGUCUGAAAGCUACACCACUUUUAGACAAAGAUAUGUGAUCAACUCCAAGUACUGGGGUGGUGCAAAUCGUAGUGCACCGAUUUUAGUUUAUCUUGGCGCAGAAGCACCUUUGGAUGGUGCUCUCACUCGCAUUGGAUUUCUCAACGAAAAUGCUGUGCACUUUAAGGCUCUCUUACUAUACAUAGAGCACCGAUAUUAUGGGAAUUCGAUACCAAUUGGAUCAAUAUAUGAAAGAACCGAUCUGGGAUACUUCAACUCAGCCCAAGCUAUAGCAGAUUAUGCAGAAAUCAUCAUCUAUUUGAAGAAACAACUACAAGCACAAUAUUCUCCAGUAAUCGUCAUUGGAGGAUCAUAUGGAGGAAUGCUAGCUUCGUGGUUUCGGCUAAAAUAUCCUCAUGUUGCCAUUGGUGCCUUGGCCUCAUCAGCUCCAAUCCUCUACUUCGAGGACAUCACUCCACAAGAUGGAUAUUACUCUAUUGUCACGAAGGAUUUUAGGGAAGCUAGUGAGACUUGCUACCAAACUAUAAAAACUUCAUGGUCUGUAAUCGAUGAAGUUGCAUCUCAGCCCGAUGGUCUUUCUAUCCUUAGCAAGACAUUCAAGACUUGCAAUGCCCUAAGCCGAUCUUCUGAGCUCAAGAGCUAUUUGAAGUUGAUGUAUGCCUCUGCAGCUCAAUAUAAUAGUCCCCCACGUUAUCCGGUUACCAUUGUCUGCGGUGGCAUAGAUGGAUCAGCUCCUCCUAAAACAGAUAUUCUUGACAAAGUAUUUGCAGGUGUUGUUGCUUAUUAUGGAAAUAGAGGAUGUUAUGUUAAUGCACCCCAACAAAUAUCUGAAAGUGAAACAACCGUGGGUUGGAGAUGGCAGAGAUGUAGUGAGAUGGUGAUCCCCAUAGGAAUUACAAAGAAUACAAUGUUCCAGCCCUCACCUUUUAGCCUCAGCGACUUCAAUGAUUGGUGCAAAAGCAUAUAUGGUGUACCUCCUCGGCCUCGUUGGGUCACUACUUAUUAUGGAGGCCAUGAUAUAAAACUCACCCUCCACAGGUUUGGAAGCAACAUCAUUUUCUCCAACGGGCUCAGAGAUCCUUAUAGUAGUGGCGGGGUGCUUGACAACAUAUCGCCAAGUAUCAUUGCUCUCAAUACAGUGAAUGGAUCUCAUUGCUUGGAUAUACUUCCCUCAAAGCAAAGCGAUCCAGAGUGGUUGAUCAUGCAGCGAAAGGUUGAGAUUAAGAUCAUCAAAAGAUGGAUCACCCAGUACUACUUUUAUCUUGAUUCUCUCUUUCAGGCAAUAAAUUAAUAUCACACGACAAUUUUAAUGUGUAUUAUACGUCUAUCUGUGUAUAA